CGCGGGCUUUCCCUUGCUGGGUCAUACUUAUGGACGGAGGGAAUCAUCCGUUCCACAGCGAAGUACCAUGGUUUUGCUCGAUUACUCUACACUCCAGCCAGGUGAAGGACUAGUGCCCCAUUCUCCGGCAGAAGUUCUACCAAUUUUGGGAGACUGAUUGAAUGGCUUCUUGCAUAGAAGCCCAGCCGUUUGUUUGCUUUGAUAUGUCAGGCUGCAAAUCGAUUAGGGACUUGCCGGAUCUAUCUGUUCUUGGAAAUCUGGAGGAAUUUGAUUAUCGACGAGUGUGCACACUGUUGGAAAUCGAUGCCUGAGAGUUCAGAGUGUUGUUGAGAUCACUCAGCAUGAUCGAUUGCCAAUCGAUCGCCCAGUUGCCAGAUUUUGUUUCGAUUCGCGAGUCUGGACUCAUUGCGGUGUAGUGUCAUACGGCUGACUGAGUUUGUGGGGGCUUGAGAUGUUGGAGCCGCGAAGAUUGCUCAAGCAUUGGCAGGCUGCUGGUUCAAUGAAGUUGCUGCUAGAUUUAUCUGGUUUAGAGAAUCUGGCUGCUUUAGAUAUCAGUGAACGCAAUGAGUUAACCGUCGUGGUGGGGCUCGAAAACUUGUAGUGGUUGCGAGAGCGGAAGAUGAGUUACUGGCACUGAGAACUUGGAGGGGUUGGUGAUUGGUUGAAAUCGUCAACAAAAUUGUAUGCAACCUACUCGUUUGUGGAAGGAAAACCUUUGUGCCGUUUGGUUCCUUAAUACACGUUUGUGGACUUUCAUCUAAAAGCUUUAUGCUCGUAGAAUAAUCUACCAAGUAACCUUUCCUGGAAGCACGUUUGUGUACUUUUCCUGGAAGCACAUUUGUAGAUUAUCAGUCAACUCUUGGUUGUUGGAAUGACUAUGCCCUGCAUUUCCUUUGAUGUUCACUCUUGACGUUUUAUAUCAUCAAUGGUCGUUGUUUACUUUUAUUUUGAUGUUCAUUCCAGUGGUCAUUGUUUACAUUACUUUUAGCUAGCGGUUCCUUGGUUAGCUUUUGCUGUCUGUAGUCAUUGUUUGCAUUUUUUCUUCUUUUAUUUGCUUUGGAUUCGUCAUUGGUACUCAACCUUCUCUACUUCUUUCACUCCCUGCUCGUUCCAAAUCAUCAGGAAUUCAAGAGUUUCCGAUCGAUUCCUAAAGAGACUGCAUUGGUUCUCCGGAUUACGUUUGGGUAAGCCCUCAGAUCUGUAAGUGUCACUGUGGUGGUUUGUGUUUCCAGUCUUUUGAGGCUUUGUGGGUAACACGAAAUUUUUACUUAUAUUUAUCAUCCACAGAGAUCGAUUUGGCCGGAAACGAAUGGAGCACAUCUGGUCUAGUGUACUGGCUGUGUUUGCAGUCGCUGGAGCAGUACUCUUACUUCAAAAGAAAAGCUCCAGAACCUCCACCUCUUCAUCUCAUCCUCCUUCGAUGCAGCCUCUUCCAGCUGCAGACUACGAGGUUUUCUUGAGCUUCAGAGGCCCAGAUGUUCGCACAACCUUCACGGAUUUUCUGUAUCGUUACCUGGAUCAUUCGAGCAUUCGAACAUUUAUAGAUGAAGAAGAGCUUCCCAAGGGGGAGGAAAUUAGGGCUUCUCUCGUGAAGGCUAUCCAGGAAUCCAAGAUAUACAUUCCGAUCCUUUCCAAAGACUAUGCUUCAAGUAAAUGGUGCCUCCAAGAGCUAGCUCUGAUGGUGAAGUGCUGGAAGCAAGGAAAGGGUCACCUCAUCCUCCCCAUUUUCUUUCUGGUGAAUCCUAGAGAGGUGCGGCAUCAAGAAGGUUGUUACAAGAAAGCAUUUCGACGACACAGUGAGAAAUAUGAUGCAGACACCGUGAACGAGUGGAAGGAAGCUAUGGAGGAAGUUGGGAAAAUGAAGGGGUGGCAUGUGACUGAAGCAGAUAGACAGGGAGCUAUAGUUGCUGAAGUCUUUUCUAUGGUGAGGUCGCAUCUGAUGGAGAAUUACAAGUUAGUGACGGGUCAGCUGGUUGGAAUUGAUCCUCAUAUUGAGCAAGUGAAGGGGAUAAUAAACAAAGGAGUGCAAAUUGUUGGCAUUCAAGGUAUGAGCGGUAUUGGUAAGACCAAUAUAGCCAAAACCGUUUACGACAGUGUUAAUGCACAGUUUGAUCGAUGCUGCUUUGUGGAAGACGUGCGAGACAUAUUGUCAAAGAAUGACGGAGUUGUGACUUUGCAAAACAAAAUUCUAUCUGGCAUUCUAAGGCGAGAUGUCGCCGUGAGAGAUGCUAGCCAAGGAAUCCAAAAACUAAAAGAUGUAGUUCGCUGCUCGAAGAGCAUGCUCUUCGUUCUUGAUAACAUAGAUGAGGGGUUUUUGUUCGUCGACACCUUGGGAGAUUUAACUGAUUUUCAGUCAAAAUGUCAAUUUAUUAUUACAGCAGUGGAUGAGAGAGUUUUUAAUUUCUUUCAAAAUUAUGAGUUGUACCAACCAGAGGGAAUGACUGCUGAUAUCGCCCUUAAACUCUUUAGUAGACAUGCCUUUGGGACUGAUUAUCCUCCCCAAGAGUACAUUGAUCUAUCUAGGGACUUUGUAGAAAUUGCAGCAGGUCUUCCAUUGGCUCUCAAGACCACAGGUUCACUACUUUUCCGCAAAGAUAAAAGUUUUUGGAGUGCAAAGUUGAUGCAGUUACAGGACAUACCUCCUACCAAGGUGCAAGAGAGACUGAAGAUAAUCUAUAUGGACUUGACGCCCGAGGAAAAACACAUUUUUCUUGAUAUUGCUUGUUAUUUUAUUGGUGAACCCUAUGAUCGAUUGUCCUGCUUGUGGAGUGACUCCAAUUUACACCCUUUGAUAGUGAUUGAUACUCUUUGUCUCAAGUCACUGAUAAAAGUCAAUGAGAGAAAUGAAUUCUGGAUGCACGAUCAGUAUAAAAUCCUUGGCAGAGCUAUUGUUCGUGAGGAAGACAUUCUAAAUCCUUGGAAGCGCAGCAGGAUGUGGUCCAACAAGGAUGUGGUGGACAUGCUAAGAGAUAAAGAGGGAAAUGAACGGCUGGAAGUUCUUAGAGUUAACAUGAGUGGUGAGGAUUUUGAGCUCACGGAGAAGGAAUUCCAGAAAUUGUCAGGAUUAAGAUAUCUCGAAGUAUGCUUUGGAAAGCUGACUGGAGAUUUCAAGAAGAUUCUUCCCAAUGUACGUUGGCUACAACUUCAGGAAUGUAGUUCAAUCCCUAUCGAUUUCAAUGUGAAGAAAUUGGUGAUCCUUGAUUUGAAGAAUUGCCCUGUGAGGGAUGACUGGAGAAGCUGGAGCGGAAUAAAGGAGGCUUGCAGGCUGAAGGCUAUAAAUAUGUCAUGUUGCAAUGACAUGAGAGAAGUUCCGAAUUUGUUCGGAUGUAGAAAUCUAGAAUGGAUAAAUUUCAGGCAUUGUCUUAUGAUGGGUGGGGAACUUCACAUUGGCAAUUUCAAGGAUCUGAGAUUGCUACAUGUUUGCAACACUAAGAUAACAAAGUUAACAGGUGACAUUGGAAGGUUUCAGAAUCUGCGAGAGAUAAUGCUAAAUGACCGGAGCUUGAGAGAAAUUCCUGCUGCCAUUGGUAAACUAUCCUCCCUCGAGAACUUGAACCUACUAGGACUUAAGAUUGAAGUGCCAGAACUCCCCACAAGUUUAAAGAGGCUAUGGCUCUCGUCGCCUAGAGUUUUGAAUCUUUUGGAGCUUAAGCACUUGGAGAUGCUAUCUUUGAAUUGUGAUGGACUUGAGAUUACUGGGGAUAUGUCGAAGCUGUCCAAGUUGAAGCAUUUGUCGUUGACCGAUGUUGGGAAUGGGAAGGGUGCCCUUGUUCGACGACUUGGUAUGAGAACAUUUAUUUCUUCUUCUCCUACCUUCCCAUCAUCUCUGAAAACCCUACGGAUUAGUGGGUGUCAGCUUUUGAAGAGACUUCCGAACUUUGCGAAUCUGAGUAAUUUGAUGAUAUUAGAUUUGAGUCAUUUUGGGGUGCAUGAGAUUGCCGGUCUGGGAGAGCUGAGAAUGCUGGAAGAAUUCCAUUUAAAGGACGCUUCAAAGCUAACUAAUCUCAAUGGUCUUGAACAUCUAAAGCUUUUAGAAGAACUUUGUGUAUCUGGUUGUGGUGUAUUGAGAAAACUACCCAGCCUGUCAAAUUUGAACAGGUUACGGGUGCUUUAUAUCGUUGAUUGUCCACUCCUCUCUGAAAUCCAAGGACUUGGUGGACUGGCGGAUUUAUCGAGUCUUGGGAUCACUCGAUGCCAUCAGCUUACUGGGUUGAUGGGGCUUAACAAAUUGGAGUCGUUGCAAGAAUUGAAUAUUUAUGAUUGUGCGUCGAUUAAGAAGCUGCCUGAUCUAUCUGUUUUGAAGCACUUGUUGAAGUUGAAAAUUACGCGAUGCAAUCUGUUGCCAGAAGUUAUUGGGAUUGAGAGAUUGGAGUCUUUAUAUAUCCGAACGCUUGAUGAAAGACUAAAUACGUGUAAGGGUAAAAAGAGGGUAAAACGAAGCAUUGAAAUCAAUGCCGAUUAAUUAUCUUGUUCCUUAUCAGGUGCAUUCUGGUUGACUCUUAUUUCUUGAGCCUGGAAUCCCAUGAACAACUAGUAAUCUAUAUGGUCUUAGAAAUCUGGAGGAACAGAUUUCAGGAAUGUACUUCAUUCACCUACCCCCAUAGUCAACUCUUUACUUUUAUUUGAAACGAACGUUCAUUUGUCUUAUUUCUUCUGAUGAACGUUUCACUUAAUCAAUAAGCUGCUGCUGCUCUUAAUAUAACUGCCUUGUUCCUCAGUUAAUACCCCGAGCAGCCGCAGGGAUUGUUGGAGAUGCUCGGGGGAGCGAUUCCAGCGAGGGUUUGGAACGAGCGUUGCUCGUGAAAGGUCUGGUUCGUGCUGCCGGGAAGUUUGUCUGUUUCGAUGCUCCUGUUGUUGCCGCUGGCUCCAAUUGUUGGAGCAAGGGAGCGACAGGGUGGCGGGUGAUUGCAUGGGGCUUGCAGGCUGAAAGCUAUUAAUGUAUCGUUUUGCAGUGGCGUGAGAGAAGUUCCAGAUUUGUCUUGGAUGUAGAAAUCUAGAAUGGAAAAUUUCAGGCAUUGUCUUAUGAUGGGCUGAGAAGUUCACAUUUGCUACACGUUGCCUUUUGAUCUAUGAAUUUCAUCAGCUUACUGGGUUGAUGGGGCUUAACGAACUGAAGUUAUUGCAGAAAGUGGAGAUUAAUGAUUGUGGGUCGGUUAAGAAGCUGCCUAAUCUUUCUGCUUUAAAGUACUUGUGGCUUGUGGGAGUUGAAAAUUACGCAUCGCAAUCUGUUGACUGAAGUUAUCAGGAUUGAGAGAUUGGAGUCUUUAGAUAUCCUAGCCUGAUGAAAGGCUAAAGGCGCACAAGAAAGACCAGUACCGAGU